AUGGUAUCCGUGAACCGAGCUGUGCCGUCGGAGCAUCCUGGGCAACCAUCAGUCGCAGAGCUGAGCCAUGCUACUUCUCCUGGCGCAGCCUCAUCAACUUAUUCGAUCCUGUCACAGAAGCGAAAGGUUCUCGUUCUUUGCCUGGCCUCGUUUGCGGCGACCUUUCCACCUCUGUUAUCGUUCAUAUUCUUUCCCGCCAUUAAUGACUUAUCUCAAGCACUUCAUGUAUCUGUUGGAAAAAUCAAUCUAACCAUCACUUCCUACAUGAUUGUUGCUGGUCUCGCCCCAGCAGUCCUGGUAGAUUUAGCAGACAAGAUUGGACGAAGAAUAGUGUAUCUUUUCAUGAUGAGCGUCUACUGUAUUGCCAGCGUUGGCCUUGCACUGCAAAGUGGCUGGACGGCGCUGUUCUUGCUUAGAAUGCUCCAAAAUGCUGGGAGUGCUGCCGCCAUUGCAAUAGGAUACGGCGUGGUAUCCGAUAUUGCUCCCCCCUCCGAACGUGGUAGAUUCCAUAGUCCCAACAUUGCAACGGCCGUCGGUCCUAUUCUUGGCGGCGCUCUUACCAGCUAUCCUGGUUGGCGCGGGAUAUUUUGGUUUUUGUCCAUCUUGUCUGGAACGUGCCUAUUUCUUACUGCCCUGAUUCUUCCAGAGACAGCUCGAUCAGUUGUAGGCGACGGGUCUGGGGAAGUUUCUGGUCUUCGUCGAUCCUGCAGCAUCGGGCGAGAUAACCGCUUCGUGGCGCGGUCGAAUCCGCAAUGCCAACCUUGUGCAACAAACUUUCCUCCCCGCCUAACGAUAAUAGACCAUCUUAGAGGGUACCUAAUCCUAGUUUAUAUAGACCGUGGCUAUAGCGCUGAUCCUGGGCUGACGGUCAAUCUGCCCUGGAGAACUCGGGAUCCCGUCCGCUCUCCCAAAGAUACACCAGUGAGUAGAGUCUUACCUAGUAUGGAGAGUCGCAUUUUGACUAAGCACCGGUGGGAAGGAGGCGGUCCCAUAUUAUCUCCCGCAAUGCCCGAACCGUUAGCUGAGAAUCCCGUCUCCGUUUCUGGCCCCUGGCCCGGUCGCUGUUACGCGCCGAAAGGACAGAGCCCGGAUGUGGCCAUAAACGACGGCGGUUAA